AUAACUGACAAAAAUAAUCUGACAAAAAACUGACAAAAAUUUGAAGUGUGACCAAGAACCAUAUACAUUUAUUAUUUUAUGGGGGGAAAAUAUUCUAAGGACAAAAAUGUGAUAAGAUUAACAUUUUACAAGCAGGAAUUGCAAGAGUUAGAAGAAUCGUUUAAUUUAUUUGAUGAAAACAAAGAUGGCAAAAUAUCAAUAAGAGAACUUGCAAAUAUAAUGAAACGGAUUGACAUGCCAAUGUCAAAAAAAGAUCUUCAGAUUAUGUUUGAUGAAGUAGAUCUUGACCAGAAUGGUGAGAUCGAUUUUGGCGAGUUUCUAAUAAUGAUGAAAAAAUACGAAAUACAUAUCGCUAGAGAAGAUGAAAUGCGGCGCAUGUUUAACAUGUUUGAUGUCAGAGGUCAAGGUCAAAUAACUGCAGCGGAUCUUAAGGUGGCUCUAAGCAAGAUAGGAGAACCUGCAACUGAUGCUGAAGUUGAGGGAAUGAUGGUCGAAGCUGGAGUUGAAAAAGAUCAAUAUAUUACUUUUUCUCAUUUUAAAGAAUUAUGCAAAAGGCUUUCCUUAAUAUAAAAUAAAUAAAUGAAUUUUAAAACU